CUCACUUGCGUGCCUUGUUGGUCUCACUGAUCCUUACGACACCGACCAUGUUUCUGUCCGUUUGUUUCUCUUGUGUCUCCAGUGGACAGCCGCCAGUACAUACCGAUACAAAUCAAGAAACCUUCCGUCUCUAUGGUUGUCCCAUCUGCAGUUCCACCCGGAGAACGUUUGUUUAAUCUACACGUAUAUCAACCAGACGCAGAAGCACACACGUUUUGGUCAUGCCGAGCCGUCCCAAGUCGUCGUCCUUACCCGCUGCGGACUCCGCAGGACGCAAGCCGAUCAAACGUCCGAGACCGAGCUUGAAUUGUGCAGAAUGCCGUAGGUUGAAGAUAAAAUGCGAUCGUCAAGUACCCUGCGCCAACUGCGUCAAGCGAGCGUGCGCUCACGUCUGCCCCGACCAAACGCUGGGCAGCGUCAAAAGCAUGCGGCAUCGUUUUCUACAGCUCGAACAAGGCCGAACUUCCCCACCGGCAGGGCCGGUCCUCGGCAGCGAUCUCAACCCCCUCGAUGAAGCAGCAGGCCCCUCUUCUCGGCCGCAACCCUCACCCAACAUCAAUUUCUCGACGGUCGCAGCCGAACCUGGCGAGGCCUCCACGCCACAAGCGCCGGAGCAGACGCCUGAGGUAGGAACGUUGGUGAUGAACUCGGAUGGCAGAUCCAAGUUCAUCGGCCAGUCGGCCAGUUUUCAAUGGCUUAGGGACGUAAGUCGUUCCGUGCAUGUUCUCACGGUUUGAUUUAUGUCCGUGAUUCGACAUCCUCCUGAUUCCAGCACCAGUUCCCUCUCAAAAUUCCACUGGCUUUCUUCCCCUACUUUCUUCCAGUUAUUCGCUGAACCGGAUCUUGGUAGGAAACAAAUGGACAUCUUGAAACACGCCCUCCAUCUCCGACGCGCCCACACCCUUCAGAAGGGUUCCCCUUUCACAAUCAUCCACCCGUUGAUUUUCCUUCCCUCUGGUCACAUCUUCCUCCCAAGGACGAAGCCAUGUAUCUUGUGGGUUGCUUCCAUCGGCACAUUGCAUGGAACGGUUCUCCCAUCCUCGAAGACGACCUUUUAACCAUUCUCCGGUGGUUGUAUACGCUAUCUGGCAUCGCCCCAGCCAAACCGAGUAUGGCAUUUCAGCGUCUGGGCUUGGUAUACAUUGUGCUUGCACUCGGAUCAAUGUUGAACAUGGAGGUUACCGGCGACGAUCUGGCCUGCAAGGAAUUUUACGAACUGUCCCAGGAAUGUCUGGUGUCGGGCAAAUUUCUUAUCCACAACUCUCUGACCACGGUGCAGACCUUGAGUCUGAUGGCCAAAUUUACCGCUUAUGCCGACAUGAGGGAUGUCGCUUGGCAGAUAAGAGGCAUGGCCACCCGGAUAAUGCUGGCCAUGGGUCUUCAUCGAGACGGUGAGAGCUGGAAUCUGUCCUCGAAAGACUUGAAUGACAGAAGGCGAACGUUUUGGGAGACGUAUAGCACCGAUGUGCUCAUUUCUGGCAACUGGGGCAGGCCGAGCGGUUUACAUCCAGAUCUGUUCGACACCCAGUUGCCCGAAGACUAUAAUCACGGCACCGGGUUUGAGAAACAACGCUGUCGCCUCGCGAUGCUGGCCCAGGAAGCAUUACAAGAAAGUCUCAAGAUCCGUUCAAACUAUGACAAGCUGCGGGAGAUUUGGCGCAAAACUCUCGAAGUGGAGUCUGCAACUCCGUUCGAACUGCGCAACCGAACGGCUCUCAUGUUCAUGGUAUCUAAAUACCCGACGCUGGCCGAAGUCGAAGCAAACACUCCGCCGGCUUCCACAAAUCUACGCCUCGUCUUUCAAUCACACGACCUCAUCGAUGUAGCUUCGACCCUCGUCUUGUCCAUGUUCCGACCAUACUUUGUUCACGCGGUGCAAGAACCUGACCCAUCCAAGUCCGUGUAUGCUGAGGCAUAUUUCACCGUAAUAGAGCGGAGCAGCAUGCUCAUUGCCAAUCUCAGAUCUCUCCAUUCCACCUUCCCCCUCAUCUCGACCCGACACUGGUUCUUCUGGACUCACGCAUUCGCCGGUGCCGUAACCUUGGCCACCAUAUGCAUUGCGAAUCCCGGCAGCCCUUUAGUUGACCAAGUGAUGAAUGAUCUCAAUUCGAUCAUCUCACUCUAUACGAGCAUUCGACCAGACGUCUCCCAAAUGCCUAUUAAACGCAAUCUCCAGUGGUUACUUGAGCUCAGAGCGAAGGGACUGGAAAGAAUCGAAGCUUUCAGGGCUGGACAAGUGCCAGAGAACACCUCACCUGCUUCUGCAUCGGAGGAGAUGGCCGAACACCUAUUGCUGGUGGGGUGGAGAAAGAAACUGGUAGAGCUAGGUCACAGGGACGCUGAUACUGUACCCGAUCCCGUCGACCCCAAUGUCAUGAGCUCGACCGGUCUCACCUUUGAAACGCCUGGUUAUGACUUCAUGCCACAGCUGCUAGGUCUCACUUCCGAGGGACCGCAGUUUAUUACUCCCUUCGACAGCACGGACAUGUUAGAUUUUGAGUUUAAUCUACAAUAAGUGCAUUAUGUCCUAUAUGCCUAUAUUUCAGACUCUCGGCCUUUCUCCCCUUCCUACUGCCAUCCAUGCCCGCUGGUCAGCGAUCGGAUCACCGCCAAUCAUAUCUGCGGGCAACGGUCUCCGAGGUUGGGUCAUGUCGAGCGGAAGACCCC